AUGAAGCAAGAUGGUACCCUUUUAUCUGAUCCCUCCUCCUAUCACAGCCUUGUUGGAGCCCUACAAUAUACCUCACCUUUACCAAAUUUGAUAUUGCAUUUUCUGUUAAUCGGAUCUAUUAGUUUAUGUAUGCCCCCAAAUGAUAUUCAUUUUGCUAUUGUCAAACUGAUUUUGCAUUACCUUGAGGGGUCCAUUGAUUAUGGUAUUCUGGUUCUCUUCAAGCCUGGUCCUAUCACUUAUUUGUCUGCCUAUGCAGAUGCUGAUUGGAUUGGUGACCUCUUUGAUAGCAACUCUACAUCUGGUUGUGUUAUUCCUCUUCAGGUGGUAUCAGUGAAGCAACUAAGAAGCAAAUCCAUCAUAUGCCAACAGAAGAAAUGUUUCAGAUGUUCUUCCACAAGAUUUUCUUCUUUGACAGAUGAUAGUAAAAACCAUGAGAGUAUAACAACCAUCAGAAGUCAUGUCAUAACCAAGAAAUACCAACUUGGUGCCACAUAUAAACAUGAAUAUGCAUCUAAACCUGAGGAUGAUUAUUCGACGAGCUUUCUUAAUGUUCUAUCUAAGCAAUUAGAAGCUUUCUACUUGUUUUCACGUCCUCACACUGUAAUUGGCACCGUUAUAGGGAUAGUAUCAGUUUCUCUUCUUCCAGUAGAAACCGUUGCUGAUCUGACUCCUACAUUUUUUAUGGGUUUAUUGAAGGCAUUGGUACCCUCCAUAUUGAUGAACAUUUACAUUGUCGGUUUGAAUCAAUUGUUCGAUGUUGAAAUAGACAAGGUUAACAAACCUGAUCUCCCUGUGGCUUCUGGUGCCUUCUCAAUGAGUACUGGAAUCACAAUUGUUACUGCAUCUUUAUUGAUGAGUUUUGCUAUGGGAAUCAUUUUUAAAUCACCACCACUUUUUGCUUCACUUCUAGUGGGUUUUCUGCUUGGAAGUGCAUAUUCCAUUGAUCUACCCUUUCUCAGGUGGAAGAGAAACGCAGUUCUUGCCGCAACUUGCAUCCUCAUUGUGAGGGCUGUUGUUGUUCAACUCGCUUACUUUUUACACACGCAGAACUAUGUGCUUGGUAGACCAGUCAUGAUAACAAAAUCAUUGGUAUUUGCUGCGGCUUUCAUGUGCUUCUUCUCUGCUGUCAUUGCAUUAUUCAAGGACAUACCUGAUGUGGAUGGUGAUAAAGAGUUUGGAAUUCAAUCAUUCAGCGUUAGACUUGGUCAAGAAAGGGUAUUUUGGCUUUGUGUUAAUAUGUUAACAUUGGCAUAUGGGGCUGCUGUGGUGAUAGGUGCUUCUUCUUCAUUCCUUCCAAGCAAGCUAGUUACGAUAUUAGGACACUUGGCACUUGCUUCUUCCCUCUUGGUUCAAGCUCAAUCAGUUGAUCUUGCCAGUAAAGCCUCAGUGACUUCUUUUUACAUGUUCAUAUGGAAGUUGUUCUAUGCCGAGUACUUCCUCAUUCCUUUUGUACGCUGA